GCCCUCACUCGGGGUAGAGGCGGUGUGCGCCGCGGGGGCUGGGUGGUUGCUUUGUGCCUGCUGCUUUUACGUUUUUAACCCUGAAUUCCAUUAUUUUAAGUAUGUUUUCGGUUCAUGUGGGCUCACUAGAUUCAUCAAAAAACCGUGUGAGUGUCAGGACUCCUUCAUAGGAGCCCAGGCGUUAGGUGCUGGGUGCGUUGUGUGGGUCCUUUCAGUGCCAGCUGGAAGAAUCCUGGCAGACUAAAGCAGCCUGGUUUUAUGGCCCACAGCACAGUCAGCCGCAACAAGUUCCACCUGGCAUGAGCCUCAUUUCCCAUCUCUUUGUGCUCUUCUCAUAUUCAGCAUCGAUGAGUGUCUCUAUGAAGGGAGACUACUGCUCAACCUGCAAAGCCUGUGGGCUGCAAAGCUUCUGUGAGCAUCCAGUCUUCAAACCUUGGGGUGCUGGUGACUGCUUCUCAGUGAAGUGGUCUGUGGAUGCAUGACUGCCAUGGAACACUGCUGUUGUUUUCAAGGAGAAAAAAAAAAUCCAGAUUAAUUCCCUGAUUAUAUUGUUUGUAAUUUCUUAUUUCUGCAUCUUUCCAGCUGAUAAAAUCAAUCAGUAGAAAACAGGCAUGGAAAAUUAAACAAGGAUCCAGAUGCAAUCAAUUAAAAGGCAUUUGAUGUAAUCAAGGGGAAUCUGUACAUUAGAAUACACUAUUAGUUGUUUAGUAUAUUUUUAUGUUUCCCUUUGUGCUUCUUAGGUGGUCCAGAUGAAUGAGGUGUGUGUGAAGCUUUGAGAUGUGGGCCAUUUUCAAUGGGAUCCCUUGUUGGGAUGGGUGUUGGUCACUGUCUAGGGUUAGGGUUUGAGUUAAGGUUCAACUUAGGGUUGGGAUUUGGAGAGAGAGAAACGACACAUCCCCAUGUGAGUGGUGUUGGGAAGGGAGGUUUGACGUGUACCAGAAGCUUGACGUGUACCAAAGAAGCUUGACGUGUACCAAAAGCUUUGACUUGUGAGUCCCUCUUUGUAGGAUCCCCACUUGGAUUAGAUGUUGGAGCUUUGAGUGGGUGGUUGUUUGAGUUGAUCUCUGUACAGGUUUAGUGUUUGGAUAAGGUUUAACAUUUGGAUUCUGACCAGAGUUUGGAAAGAGCGUGCCUUUCUCCCACGUGUUGGAUCUGGUCAUUGUUGGUUUAGGGUUAGGGUUUCUAGGGAGGAAGUGCAUAUCUGUUGUGUGAGUGGGACUGUCAAAGAAGGUUGAGAUGUACCAGCAGCUCAGAUGUGGGCCUUUUUUGGUGGAAUUCCCUACUUUGGGUGGAUGUUGGAGCUAGUCACUGUCUAGUUUUAGGGCUCGGUUUAGAUUUUGACUUGUGUAUGGGGGUUGCUAGGUCAAGGCCUCAACCAGUGACUGAGUAGCAUGUGAGAAGGCGUGCCUAACCCAGGACACACAGGUGCAAGCAGUGCACCUGGGUGACUGGAAGUGGGUAGACCCUGGGUCUGCCCUUCCUCACUCUCAUUUAAGGGAGCAGGUUCUCUAUUUGGAGGUUGCCCCUUUUGGAGAGUUUACUGGCCUUUGGAAAGGGUAAGCCACUUACUCUUAGGUCAACUUCUGAACUGUAUCUUCAUGAAUACCUUUAUGAGUGUGUCUGUGUUCUGGUAGAAAGCAAUAUUAUUGCCUUCCCUUCCUCUACAGCUUGGGAGAGGGAGAAAGCACAGUGCCUGAGGUGCACCAGAAGCUACUUCGAAUCAUAGAAUCCCUAUUUAGGGUGGGAGCUUUGCGUGUCUGGGUGUUGGAGCUACUCACUACCUAGGGUUAACGUUUGGGUUUGAAGAGAGGAACAGAACCCUUGUGGACUGGUGGAGUGGUCGGGGAAGAGGAGAGAGCUUUCAGCUUGCUCAGAUUGGCUCUGCAAGUGGCAGAUAUAUCAGAAGGGCAUCUGAAAGUACUUGAAGGCUUUGCUGUUUAGGGGUCAGUGCUUCCUCUUGAAAACCUACUGGAUGGAUUUCCAGAGCUGCUUUGCCUUCCCCAUUGGGAUAUUGUUAUGCUGUGCUCUUCAGGCAUCUGCCAUUCAACUUCCUGCAUCUGAAAACUGCACCAGCAAUGGUCAAAGAAUAUCCUUCAGCCACUCCUACAAGAUUGACCUGCCCACAUCCUCCCAGAUCAAGGUGGAAGCAGAUCCAUUGCAGCAUGAAGGCAACAGUGGGGUACAGCUAGAUCCUGGUGAGGCUGAGGAAAGUGAAGAGCAGGAUAUCAUCUUUAGGCACAACAUCCAUGUGCAUGCACCUAAAGGGAGCUGUGAAACUCUGGCCCAUGUUAAAGAUCUUCUUGAGAGAAUGGAGAAGCUAGAGAAAGAAGUUGCAGAGCUGAGAGAAGUCUGCAGCCCUCAGAAGUGCUGUGGGGGAAGCCAGGGUGUCACGCAUUGCAGCGGUCAUGGGAUGUUCCUCUAUGAAACCUGCAGCUGUAAGUGUGCAGAGGGCUGGGAGGGCAGUGACUGCUCCCGCCCCACCUGCCCCAACCUCUGCAGUGGCCAUGGGCGCUGUGAUGGCGGGAGGUGUAUCUGUGAUGAGCCUUAUUUCAGUGAGGACUGCAGCCAGCAGCUCUGUCCUGAGAACUGCAGCGGCAAUGGGAUCUGUGACACAGCUAAAGGGGUCUGCCUGUGCUACGAAGAGUUCAUCGGAGAGGACUGCAGUGAGAAACGAUGUCCUGGGGACUGCAGUGGCAAUGGGUUCUGUGACACAGGAGAGUGCUACUGCCAUGAGGGGUUCUUUGGACCUGACUGCUCCCAGGUGCUUGCUCCUCAGAACUUGCAGCUGCUGAAUGCUACAGAGGAUUCCAUGGCUAUCAGCUGGGAUCAAGUGACUGAUGUGGAUAAUUACCUCAUCAGCUAUUACCCAGUAGGGCAUGAGACACUGGAGAAACAAGUCCAUGUGCCCAAAGAGCAGCUCAGCUAUGAGAUCACGGGUCUCCGUCCUAGCACCACAUACAACGUCACACUUUAUCAUGUGAAGAAGGGAAUUACCAGUGAGCCCACGCAUCUAGAAGCAAGUACAGUCCCAUCUGCACUCAGUGCCAUCUGGGUGACGGAGGAGAUGGAGUAUUCCCUGGAAGUAGAGUGGGAGAACCCACCAACAAAUGUGGAUUAUUACAAGCUGAAAUUCAGAUCCCUUGUGGACGUGGAUGAGAAGCAAGUCAUGGUACCCAAAAGCAGUGACCCCAAGAGCAGACACAUCAUGACUGGCCUGAAACCUGGCAUGGAGUAUGAGGUUACUGUCAUACCUGUGAAAGAUGAUAUAGAGGGUAAACCAUCCUCAGUGAGUGGCAGGACAGGAAUUGAUAGCCCAACCAAUGUGGUGACAGGUCGAGUGACAGAGGACACAGCCACUGUCUCAUGGAAUAAAGUUCAGGCUCCCAUAGACAGGUACAUGGUGAGAUACACCUCAGCUGAUGGAGACACCAAGGAAACAGAGGUAGGCAGUGAAAACAGCAUCAUCACCUUAUUGAAUCUGAAGCCAGGCAUGGAAUACACCAUCCACAUCUGGGCAGAGAAGGGACCCCAUAGGAGCAAGAAAGCCAGCACCAGAGCUCUGACAGGGAUUGACAGCCCAACUAAGCUGUUGACUGACCAUGUGACAGAGAAUACAAUCACUGUUUCCUGGAACAAAGUCCAGGCGUUAAUAGAUAGAUACAGAGUGAAUUACACCUCGGCUGAUGGGGAUACAGAGGAGAGAGAAGUGGAGAAAGACGAGAAUGUUACCACCUUGGCAGGACUGAAGCCAGGCAUGGAGUAUGUUAUUCACAUCUGGGCAGAAAAGGGAGAACAACAGAGCAAGAGGGCCAGCACUGAGGCUGUGACAGAAAUUGACAGCCCUACUCACCUGGUGACUGAUCAAGUGACAGAGGACACAGUCACCAUCUCCUGGGACAGGGUUCUGGCUCUCAUAGAUAGGUACGUAGUGAAUUACACCUCUGCCGAUGGUGAUACUGAGGAGAUAGAAGUGGCGAAGAACAAGACUGCCACAACUCUGGUAGGACUGAAACCUGGCACUGAAUAUGUCAUCUACCUCUGGGCAGAGAAAGGAGUAUGGCAGAGCAAGAGGACCAGCACUGAGGCAGUGACAGAAUUGGACAGCCCAAAGAAUCUGGUAACCGACCAAGUGACAGAAGACUCAGCCACGAUCUCCUGGGAUAGCGUCCGAGCUCCCAUAGAUAGGUACAUUGUGAGCUACACUUCUGCUGAUGGGGGCAGCAAGGAAAUAGAAGUGGGGAAGGCCAAGAGCACUACAACUCUGACAGGACUGAAAGCAGGCAUGAAGUACACCAUCCAUCUCUGGGCAGAGCUGGGAAGCAUGCAGAGCAAGAAGGCAAGCACUGAUGCGCUGACAGAGAUUGAUCCUCCCAAGAACCUCCGUGUAUCAGAUGUGACUCAGUCUACUGGUGUACUUACCUGGACUCCUCCUACAGCACAGAUUGAUGGCUACACUCUGACCUACCAGGGUCAAAAUGGCACCAGCAAGGAAGUGCAGCUGGGUCCUAGAGAACAGCAGUUUGUGCUGGAAGGACUGGAACAAGGAACAAAGUACACUGUGUUUGUGAUGGCCUAUAAGGGAGACUACCAGAGCAGAAAGACAGUUGGUACCUUCUCAACAGUUAGCUUCCUCUACCCAUACCCUGCGGACUGCGCCCAGAUGCAGCAGAAUGGAAACACCUCCAGCGGCACGUACACCAUUUAUCUCAAUGGCGAUGGCAGCAGGCCCAUGCAGGUGUACUGUGACAUGACCACCGAUGGAGGCGGGUGGAUAGUGUUUCAGAGGCGGAGCACUGGUGAAUUGGAUUUCUACAAACGCUGGAAAAAUUAUGUGGAAGGCUUCGGAGAUCCCACUGGGGAAUUUUGGCUUGGUCUUGACCAGCUGCACAAUCUCACAAGCAGCAGCCCCAGCCACUAUGAGCUACGGGUGGAUCUGCGGACAGCCAAUGAGUCUGCCUACGCUGUCUAUGACUUCUUCCAGGUUGCCUCGAGCAGGGAGAGGUACAGGCUGUCCGUGGGGAAUUACAGAGGCAAUGCUGGAGACGCGAUGACUUACCACAAUGGCUGGAUGUUCACAACAUGGGACAGAGACAAUGAUGUGGCUCUCAGCAACUGUGCUCUGACACACCACGGUGCAUGGUGGUACAAGAACUGCCACUUGGCCAACCUCAAUGGGAAAUAUGGGGAGAGCAAGCACAGUGAGGGGGUGAACUGGGAGCCAUGGAAGGGCCAUGAGUUCUCCAUCCCUUUUACUGAGAUGAAGAUUCGUCCUCAGUCUUCCAGUAAUGAGUCAGUCCUGGCAAGGAAGAAGAGAUCUCUACCAGGAAAAAGGAGGAAGAUCAGGUUUUAAAUUGUCCUCUGUGCAGGACAUCACACAAAGGUUAUGAUUUGGUAUUUCUUCACAAAAUUAGGUUUGGAUGACUUUCUCCAAUACUUUGGAGGCAACUGCUGACCAACUUGGACCCAGAGGUCUCCGAAUCUGCAGCCCAGCCUGUUUCCAGCCUUUGGAGCUCCUGAUGGGUGCUCUGUCAGAGACUCAGAGGGGACUUGUGGGUGGCAUGCCACUAGUAGCUUUCCUGGUUAAACAUGACAAGGACUUGCUUGAUCCAAUGUAUGCAACUUUUAUGAAUUGUUCAUAAAACAGGCUUUAACACAUGUUAUUGUUUCUCAAAACCCAGCUUGCUGACUCCUCUGACUUCUGUCCUUCUCUAAUGUCAUCCAGUUCAAAAUGAAUUCUUGGAAAUCUGAACUCACUGAAAAAUGAAAUCUUCCUAAUUUACAUUAGAGAGUUUUUCUGAGGCUGUCUCCUCCCACAUCUCUUGGUCAGUGGUACUCUUUUCCUUUCCCUUCCUCAUUUGGGGUGCAGAAUUUCUUACUCUUUCUCCAGUCAAAGCACUGAGAUUUGGGAAAUGUUGUCAAGCUGCUGUCGACAGGCUUCAUUAACGCAGGCAAAGUCUGUAGUCUGGGUUCCUCAACCUCCAAUAUAAUUUCUUUCCAGGGUAAUAUCUUGGUCUAUAUUUAGCUUGUCUCUUCUUAUCUCCCAGCCAGAGAAAAGCCUGAGGAGACAUGCAGUAAUGUUCACACUCCCAGGUGAUGCCCCAGAGAAGGUAAAUGUAAGGGCUGCACUCCUCCAAGCUUGUCUCACAAUCACAGACCUCCAUACAAUCCUUGCUUGAUACAGACUGCAAAAAGAAUUUUCCAUGUGACCAUCCCAUCUGCCACCCUCUGCUUUUUCAUUAACAGUGUAGAUAGAUAGCAAUGUUGAAAAGAUAAUGUUUGUCAUCCAGCCCUAAAAUUAGCAUCACAGAACUAAAUUGAUCUGCACACUAUCACUCGGCUUUUCUUUCAGGGUGUCUGGAGAUUCAGGUAGGCUCCAGUGGCUGGUUUCACAUUUAGCUGUUGUCUUUAUGGUCUGAGGAAAAAAAAACAGUCUUACUUUCUUUACCUGAGCAGGUAUUUAAAUUCUGGACCACCAGCUACAGGCAGGGGAGAGGCAGGAGCUCACCAAAUGAUGCUUACUUAAAGGCUUGCUUGUCUGAGCAGAUUGGAACAUGAUUGUCCUAUGCUUUAAUGGCCUUUUCUAUCCCAGUACUAAGCUGACUAAUACAUUUUAAAGAGUCCUCAGACUCUGAAGAAGCAAUAAAAUUGCAGAUAAAGGAGGUCUUAAAAUA